CUCGUUACGAUAAAAUACUUUUUGUAGUAAAGUAGACGACAUGUUGAUUUUUUCUGUAGGUUCUGUGAAGCCGAUACGGAUCGCUGUCAUUGCUACAAAAAUGUCUUUGUAGUUAUCAGGGUGUAGGUCAUUUAAUUGUAGUCUUAUUAACUAAUCCGUGUUAAAUUUUGUAUAAUAAAAGCAAUAUUAGAAGUAAGAAGAGGAUUUACUCCACCCGAAUCAGGGGUAGCGAUGCAAGUGGUGUCAAUUCCGUGGAGAUAAUACAGUGGUGUGCAUGAUGUGGGCGCAGUAAGGUGGUACACGGCACCACGGCUUCGUCUGUGGCGAGCGGCGCGCGGGGAGCCGAGUCUCCUUCGCAGGCCAACCAGGACACCGUGGAUAACGCCACUCCCACCUGCUGGUGGGCGGCGUGGUCAGCCAUGGGCUGCUUCGGGUCGCCGGGCGCCAAGAGCGGCGAGGACGAUGCCAAGUCGCAGAAGCGCCGCAGCGACGCCAUCACCCGCCAGCUGCAGAAAGACAAGCAGCUGUAUCGCGCGACCCAUCGCCUGCUGCUGCUGGGCGCCGGCGAGUCGGGCAAGUCCACCAUCGUCAAACAGAUGCGCAUCCUCCACGUCAACGGCUUCUCGGACAAGGAGCGGCGCGAGAAGAUUGAAGACAUUAAGAAGAACAUUCGAGAUGCUAUUCUUACGAUAACAGGCGCAAUGAGCACCCUUACACCGCCCAUUCCGCUCGAAAAGCCAGAAAACAAAGCGCGCGUUGAUUAUAUUCAGGACGUGGCCUCGCAGCCUGACUUCGACUACCCGGCCGAGUUCUACGAGCACACGGAGGAGCUGUGGAAGGACCAGGGCGUGCAGCGCACCUACGACCGCAGCAACGAGUACCAGCUCAUCGACUGUGCCAAGUAUUUCCUGGACCAGGUGCACAUGAUCAAGCGGCCGGACUACACGCCCACGGAGCAGGACAUCCUGCGCUGCCGAGUGCUCACCUCGGGCAUCUUCGAGACGCAGUUCGUCGUCGACAAAGUCAAUUUCCACAUGUUCGACGUGGGCGGUCAGCGCGACGAGCGGCGCAAGUGGAUCCAGUGCUUCAAUGACGUCACGGCCAUCAUCUUCGUCACGGCGUGCUCGUCGUACAACAUGGUGCUGCGGGAGGACCCCACGCAGAACCGCCUGCGGGAGUCCCUCGACCUUUUCAAGAGUAUAUGGAACAACAGAUGGCUACGCACGAUAUCGGUGAUCCUGUUCCUCAACAAGCAGGACCUGCUGGCGGAGAAGGUGAUGGCGGGCAAGUCGCGGCUGGAGGACUACUUCGCGGAGUUCGCGCGCUACCAGACGCCGCCCGACGCGCUGCCCGACACGCGCGACCAGCCCGAGGUGGCGCGCGCCAAGUACUUCAUACGAGACGAGUUCCUUCGUAUAAGCACGGCGAGCGGGGACGGCAAGCACUACUGCUACCCGCACUUCACGUGCGCCGUCGACACCGAGAACAUCAAGCGGGUGUUCAACGACUGUCGCGACAUCAUCCAGCGCAUGCACCUGCGCCAGUACGAGCUGCUCUAACGACACACGCAGACACCGAAAACACUAAAGAGAAGUGCUAUACUGUCGCCGACACCUGCCGGAGCCCGCCAGCGACACCGCGACACCUGCACACGACACUCCCCGCGCGGCCGACACCACACCACACGUCAACUAUCGGCCAACCAACUAUCAAGCAACUUCGAUUUGUCGGUUGUAAUGGAGUAAGGAAAAUGUAUAACCUUAUCUUGUAUUCUUUAAAUCGCACCAAAGUUUGCAAAACUCUGUUUAACUAAGUUAUACGCGCAGGUUUAAGUCUUGAUUUGCGAUAAAAAAUUACAUAAUAUAAUUGGACAUAGUCUAGGUAACCGAGGCUUGGAAUAAAGAUGGUCCAAAAUUGUAUGGAGCCCAGGAUCAGUCAUUGUACCCUGGCGGAACGAAAGGAAUUUUUUUUUAACUAUUUUUCAUUAUACAAAUCUACUUGAAUUCUUUCGAAAUAAAAGCAAUUCUCUCCCAAGAAAUGCAAAACUAAUGUGGCUAAUAAUGGCGGAUUGAUGACGUUUUCAAUGCAGUAGUCGAUUUGACGUUUGCUGUCAAUUGUCAUGUCAUAGUUGCUGUAUGGGCACCAUCUUGAUGUAACUCAAAAACUUGAGUUUUAAUUUUAUUUAUUUCUUUAAAGUUAGUUAGAUUUAUUAUUUACUUAUUUAGAUUUUAAUAAAACCCUUGUAUUUUUUAAAUUUUAAUGAUACGGGGUACAAGAGUGGACCUGAAAUGGACCAUCUUUAUCGAUAUGAUCGUAUUUUGACACGCGUUUGUAACGCCAUCUCUUGGAAUUUUAGGUCUACAAUUGGCUUACAGGUAACAAGUUCUUCAAAUAUGCAAGGGAUGGCGUUAUAAAUAAUGUAUUCUUUAUGUUUGUUUAACAUCGUGGUUUCUUACCAAAACUUAAAAAUAAAAAAAUUAAAAUAAAUUACUUUAUAACUAAUAAUUAUCAGUGAACUCUUUGAAGUGUAACGCAACAUUGUCUUAUUUAAAAAUUUGCAAUAACUUUAGUGCGAUUUAUAAUAUCUUCUUAGAUAGUGAACUGAGGAACCUCUUUCUUAGGAAUCCGACAGACCGAAGUUUCACGACUCAACAAACGGAUGCGAUAUUUCGUACGUAAAUAUUUACAAAGAAAAUCACAUAAUACACAAACCAUAAUUAACACUUGUAGACUAUCACCGCCGCAGUCACAAAAAAAAAAAAAAAUCACAAGAUGGCGUCCUGUUUACUGACAACGUCUCUGAUUGGUCGGCCGCUAUUGCAAGGUUUGAAAAACGCUAAUUAUGUUAUCGUUCGAUAUUUCGAUCGGAAUAUCGCAUACGUUGUGCGAGUGUUUAAUCUGUACUUAGACGUAAGAUUACAUUAAUGAAUAGGCAUCUUAAUAGGCGAAGUUUAACCAAUAAUACGAUAACACCACCACUGAGUAAUAAAUAGUAAUAAUAAAUAACGAUUUUCUAAAACUUGCGGUUUUUAAGAUCGAACUAUUAUUAUGUAUAUUUUCGGAAGGAAAUCAAAUAAAAUAACACUCAUUUUCUAUCGUCGGUUUCCUCGUUUCGAUUUAUUGCAAGCGUGUGUCCAUAAUUUUAUGCACAAAUAGAUUUUUUUUUUAAUCUUAAAAAAAGUGUAUAAUAGACUCAAAAUGUAAUAUUAAUGUGUGACUUUUUUUCCAUUUGGUUCGUUGUUUUAAACUUUUUUUCCUCAUAAAAUUUGGGUAGCGUUUCAAUAAAAUCAAUAUGUCGAUAUUUUGUAUGGAGUAGAAUUGACAAUCUGUCAAAAAAUCUAACGGCAGCUGUUCAUUUGUAGCGUGUGUUUGGGUUUUUUUUAUUUAUAAAACUUUUGAAUUUUCAAAUUGCGCUAUCUGGAUCUGAAUCGAAAUAAUUGGUUGGAGUGACAUUAGUUAAUGAAAUUUAAGGUUAUUGAUAGAUGUAUUUAUCCAUUUUGAAAUUCAUUGCAAAAUUAUACCGCAUAACAUACGGGCACUGAACAAUUGAACAUAUGGAGACGGUUCGGAAUGUUAAAUAAGAAAGAAAUGUUUAAUAUCUUGCCUAUCUUUCUUACAUAAGAAAGAUAGGCGGUCAGUACAAAUGUCUUAAAGGAAAAGAUAAAGAAUUACUUGAGUCAUUAAUGUCCUUACGGCGUUUAAAUCAUGGAUACCCGUAUCCUAAAUGUUGUCAAACUUCAGUCUUUAUACAAAAAAUACAUAUUUAAAUUGAUAAUGCGUUAGCAAAGAUUUAGGUGUCAAUUUAAUCAACAAAUAACUUUGAAUUUUCUCGAUUUGAAUGCCAUAAGAACAACGUUACAGUAUGCAUGUAUAAAAUGACGUUAUGUGUCGUCUUUGGCGGUUUCCGUAGGGUUAUGUGUGGUGUCUCUAAUAGUUCUGCCAAACACCAUAGACCAUGGCCAUAGACAGUUUAUUUUUUGUAAGGUAAAGUCAAUUUAUUGAUAUCAUGGUAUUUUUCCAACUCAUUCAUAACUAAAUACUGUCAUUGUUUAAUGAUGUUUUUUUGGACUUGAUGUUCGGAAAUAAACACAUGAAUUAGUGACAUUGCUGUGUAAUGUCUCUUCCCUACAGGAAAUAAUAAACUGAAUUUGUCUAUGGUUCGGGUAUUGAAAUGAUGCUAUUUUAAAUUAGGAAUUAAUAAGGGUGAAUCGGUCGUAGUCGACCGUGUUUAAUCAAAUCAAAAUAAUUAGGUUGAGGAAAAAGAAGUCCAUUAUUUUUCGGUAGAUGGCGGUUGUGUGUGAUAUCUCAUAGAUUAUCGGUAAAACAGUUUCACACUCAUUUUACGUGAGAAUUUGCGCAAAAAUUUCUUUUUUUUUUUUUUAGUUCAUUCAGAUGUAAGUUACAGGGUGUUAAAUAUUAUAGUCAACAGAUUAACAAUCCAGCUUUCGAACGAUCACUACAGCCAUCUACUGAAAAAAUAUUGAGUUUAUUUUUCCUUACCUUAAUAUAUUUCUAUUAUUCAUUUAAAGGCACAUUUUUUUGCCUUCGCUAUUAUAUACAAUAUUAUAUUUAUGUAAACCUGUUUGCGGUGUGCAGAACUCUUAUAAAAUAUUAUUUAUUCGUCACACGAGGUUAGUACUAUAAUUGCAUGUACUACAGAUCGUUGGAAUUGAACAAGUCGUCUACUUUAUUGCAAAAAACAUUUCUAAAAUAAGUAAAAAUGCUAAUGUAAAUAAUUUAUUUAUUUUUUUAAUUGACACACAUUCAAAGUUGAGCUUAACUAUAAACAAUGUUAAAAUCACUUCUUAUAAUUCGAAAGCGAUAUAGAAAUCUACACAAUAUCUCAAGUUUUAAUAAAAUAAUGUGCUAUGGGCGUAUACCCAAAAGUAAAUACCCGAUCUCUAUGGUAUAGAAGAUUUAAAUGACUUCACUUUUUUUUUCUUUUAAACCAAAAUGAACGACUAAAUACGUUUCGAUUUAUCGUUUUGCACAAAAAAUAAUGAUGUUUAAUGAUUUUAAUGUUAAUUCGGUUGAGUUUUGUUAGGUUUAGAUAAUUUUCAGCAUCACAAAACACUUCAAUGUAGAUAUGUUUUUAAUUGUUUACAUUAUGUUAUUGUUGGCGUUAUAUGUUGACGUGAAGACCACAGAGCUAUGUAAAAAAAAUACCUGUAGCUCUGAUUGUCUAUGACUAAAGUUGUGUAACAGUUAAGCAUAUUUAUUAUUCUGUGACGUCACAAAAUUUGCCGUGCCAUAGAGAAUCAGCGCUACAGAUAAAAAAUAUGCCCUAUAUUGUCACUUAUGUGGUAUCACUUUCGUUUGAAUGGAGUAAAAGAAAUAUAUUUACUAAUAUUAAAUAUUUUAGUUAUAUAACCAGAUAUCCACGUGUAGGCAAAAAUUUAUUUACUUAUGAUUAUUUUGUAUUUAUAAAAUUAUUCUUUUUAAAAAGAAAAUCUUCUCUCGCAUGUUUUAUAUUAGUCGUUUAUAGUCAAAUAUACAGUUUUGUAUAGCCUUUUUAUUGUUUUUAAUGAAAUUUAUUUUAUAUUUGAACUAUGUUUUUUUUUUGCUGUCUGUAUAUUUUUGAUUGCGGUGAUUUGUAAUGCUAUUGAACAUGCGUUUUUUCGUCGUCACAUUUUUUGACAGGCAUUGUUAGGGUGUCUACACACUACGUAGAGCCGGAAAUACUAUUUACCUAUAAAAUCUGAAUUAAUUAAUUAUUUAUGUACACUGGGCAUUUAAACUCCGCUCUAGGUGUUUGACAAUAACGAAGUUUUAUACAACAUCUAGGCAAAAAAUGCACAACGCAUAUUAAACUAGUACUGUUCUCGUUUACUCCACAUACAGGGAAUUUUCGUUGUUGAUGAUUUCUUACGUUUUCAGUUCCUUUUUGACGUGACAACGUCUUAUAAUUCGAUGGAGCCGAAGAUGGUUGCCCACUUUUUUUUACAAGAAAUAAAGUAAAGGUCUAUGCAGAUUAUUAAAAAGUAUUUUAGCAAAACGAACAUUUUUCUUUUGAGAAAUGCAACCAUUCCAUCAGUAUUUUCUUAUGAUAUUGUCACGUUCAACUAUCAUCAGUAAACCGACUUUACAGACGACCAAUUUUUUUUUUACUUUGCGCGACGCGUUCGAUUCUAACGUAUUGCCGAUUUGACAACAACUGUCAUUUCGAAACGAACAGUAGCUUCAAUUGAUUAUAAAUAUGAUGUACAUGACAAGCCAUGUGCCUAUUGUAAGAUGUGUUGCUAUUAUCUUAAAUCGUGUGUAACGCCUGUUAUAGAUGGCGAAGUUUGUAUUAUAAUAAUAAAACAUACCAGGCGAGACAAAAAUAUCCAGGCUAAUCGAAAAUACAAUUUAUGUUGAUUUCGGCACGAAUAAGUGUGUAGGCACCUUUAUACUGAUCGCACAUUAGAGCAUGCACUUCGGGAGACAGCGGUUGUGUCACAAGUUACUUAGAUACAAGACACAUUCAUAAAAAUGUCUGGGCAGUGUGAAGAUUCAGUAUAUUACAACAAAACAAAUUAAUACCCUGAAUUUAAUUUUUUUUUAAUUUUUAUUUAUUUAGUACCAUUAUUAGUCACACACUAAAGUAAAAAAAAAUCUUGGUUCUUGAUUAUUUCUUUGCGGAUGCGGCAUUUGCUUUAAUGUGAGAGCAGCAUUAGGUUACGUUUAUAUUAUGUUUAGUUCAUACGACGUCUUCCAUUAUGUAGUUCUUUUCGUCGAUAAUUUUAUUUCUAUAUUUUAAUAUUAUGUUAUUAUAUGUUAUAUUAUGACUUCAUGCUAAGCGCACAUUUUGACGAUAACACACAAAAAGCGAUCGCUUUGCUAUUUUUUUAUUUAACUUACUCUUAACUAAAUUAGUUAUUGUUGUUAUAUACAGGAUGUUUGGUGUUUUAUUUUAUGAAUAAGACAAAGACGAAAUAUUCAAAAAUAUCUAAAAUUUAUUUUUGUCAAAUUACAUGGUGAUAUCUUAGCCUACAUGGUGAUUAAAUAUCCCUGUCUUUCAGUUUUAUGCAUAUGAAUUGAAACAUCCUGUAUAAGAUUUUUUAUUUAAGGUCCAAAGAAUUCGCUUUCCGCAUUCGAUGCGGUGUCUAUAAGAAUAUCAAUUGUUAGCAGUAUUUGAAUUAAUUUGUUUGAUAAUAAUUUCUGAUUAAAUUAAUUAAAUAAUUAAUAUAUUUUUCCCCCACUUAUUUUUAAGAAGGUUAAUUAGCCCUAAGUACAAAAUGUUGCUAACCCAAUAAGCCCUAACAAAUUAUUAUUAUUAUUAUAACGAUUAUUAAAUAUUAUUAAUAGUAAAAAAAUAUUGCUAUUUUUUAUUUAUAUAAUUGGUUUAUGUACUUACAACAUGUGUUUGUUAGUGAAGAAUGCAUUAAAAGAUCUAUUUUUCGUUAAUUCUUUUAAAUGUAAGUAAUAGUUAGGUAUAAUUUUUUUAUGUUUGUUAUAUAUUGCGUCCCAUUCAUUGCAGAACAUCCUAUGUAUAGUUGUGUUAUGUUGUUCAUUUGUAAUGGUGCUCUUAUGAAUUGUUAAAUAACAUUAUAUAACAACAUAUUUCACAAAACAGUGCUCUUGUUAUAUUGCAAUUUGAAGAUGUUUUUUGGCUAUGGUUGAGUUUUUAUCUGUAAGUUGGUUUUUGUUUAAGAUUUGUAUGCAACUUGAUAACCAAUGUGUUAUAUAACCGUUUUGUAGGGGCACCAUUAUUUGUAACAUUUUGUCUACGUUUGGAUACUUGUAGCAUAUUUUGCAAUAAAAGUGACGAUAUCCUAACAUCCUUAAUGGACAUGAGGCGUUAUGUGUAAUAUAUUUAUAUAACCUGUAUCAUGGUCCUUAAUAUAACAAUGUAGAAGUUUGUUAGUGCUCUGUGCCAUAAAAGUGUUGCUACCGGAAGCACAAUAUACCCCUAAUGUUACCAUGUGUGAAAAAAAAAUCAACAAAUAUGUCUUAAGCCGAUCCUUCCUAGUAACUUGUAAAAUAACGCUAUUUUGCUUUCUAAUUAAUUAAAUAUAUAACGUAAAGUCUUUAUUUUUUUAAGUAUACCUAUUACCUAACUAUUAUUAUAAAAAUAAAUAUAUUAUGAUAUAUUUUUAUUUUUCUCUUGUGUUUAAAGAAACUUCGAUUGUAAGUAGGGAAUUGUAUGUUUAAUAAUGAGGUAUAAUACGUUAAAAAUCAUACAUUUCGGUGUAUGGGAGUCGUUCAGAACUGACGGUGUUGCUGCAAAAAUAGACUGUUAUAUAAUGUUGUUGUCACCUUUUAAUUGAUAAUGUAAAAGAGUGACAGCACCAGAUGUAAACAUUGUUGAAUAUAAAUCAUCGUUUUGUAGGAACACCGUUAUUUUUUUUGUCUUAUAUAGACGUUUGGAUAUCCUGUCAUUUUUGGCAAAAAAUUAUUGCUAAAUUAUCUAUCAUGUGCUACAGUCAACCGUAUUAAAGUUUUUUUUUAAACUGAAAUUAUCGUAAGUUUUUAAUUUGGGAUUUAGGCCGCGACCACAGUAAACUUGCGACUCACUUUACGUUAUAAAUUUUGAAAAUUGACGGACACGUCUUGUCGGUUGCAUCAUAAACAUAAUUAUGAUUUAACAUUACUAGAAUAAGACGGAAAAUAUCAUAAUUUGGUUUAAAUUUUAUGCCAUUUUUAUGCCAGUUAAAAAAUAUUUUAGGAUUUUUUUUGGAACUAGUAGUGUUUAUAAAUAUGUGCAAUAAAGAACGACUUCCAAUAACCAAUCAUUUUAGAUAUCAUUGUGAAAUAAAUAACAUGGCGUCUUGCAUACCUAUUGUAUAAUUGUAACUUAAAAAAAAAUAUUUGGUAGCUAUUUAAUUAAGUUUUAGAUUGUCGCGAUUAAGUGAAUGCAAAGUAACAAAAAUAUAUAUUAUAUUAUAUUUACUAUUAAUAGCGUAGACUGCUGGUUAGUUUUGUUUCCCGAGCAGUUCUGCCCAUGCUUGUUAGUCGGAUACAAAUAUUCUUUUCUUCUUUGUUUUUAAUUUACCAAAAAGUGUGUGAUAUUACGCUACAGAUAAAAACUUAAAAAGUAUUAUAAAAUGAAACCUAAACGUUUACUUUUUUUUCCGGAAAUUAUAAAUAUAUUAUGUAAUCAACAUCUAGUGAUCGGCAUUUUUUUUUUUGAAAACUAGAUGUUACAAUUGUGACAAUUGAAUAAAAUCGCGCAGAUUGCGAUUGUCGUAUUAAAGUGUGAACGUAAAAUCUUUCGUAUGUGUCGGGCCUUAGCCUUAGUUACUCUGUAGCUUAAAUCGUUGCUGCUUUUUGGUAAAUUAAAUUUCAAAGGGUAGUUUGAAAGGAACAUACUGUAUAAUCGAGGCGCGUAUAAAAUAUGUGAAUGCGUUUCAUUUAGAUGAAUUGAUUUUUUGGAAACUACAUAAAAAUGUACGCGGGUUGAGUGCCAUUCGAAGGUUUUUUUUUCACUUAGAUAUUGACCACGAUAUCGUCUAAUGCUAAGUGACGAUUAGCCUAGAGAAAUAUUAGAAGCCUUCCAAUCAGCACAGCUAUUCUCUAACGGUGUUUUGUAUAAUAUAAGAACUCAAGGCAUUUCAGUUCCAACUAAAGGGUAAGCUACAUUAGAGGAAUUUCCAUCUUAGUGUAACUUGGGCUUAAGUUUACUAUUUCAAGUCCCCUCAGACUUUGAUGGGACUCAACUCGCCAAAAUUUAUUCCGUAACUUUGGAAACACGGGAAUCUCACGCGAUAACGUCACUGACGUGACGUAAUAGUUUUUGAAUUACCCUUGAGUCUUGAUAUAGAAACUUGUUUCCAAAUUCCUGUAAUCAUUUAAAAAUGUGAUUAUUGAUUGACUCUAUCCAAUAGAUGAAUUCAAAUAGUACCUAGAACUAAAAAAAAAUUUUCGUGACAUGCCAUAAUGAUAUCAAUUUAGCAUAAACUUCAAAAUAUAACAGCUGCCUUUUGUAUAAUUAAGUGCGUGUGUAUGAUAUCUACGCCCUAGCGGACUAGACGUGGUUCUUAUCUGGAGGCGUGAAUUGCCUGCAGAUAUAUUUAUAAUUAUAAAGGUACGCAUUUUCAUUGGUCGAUUGGGAAACGAUUCGGUAUGUGAAAUUUUUCAGAUUCCCAUUCCAAAAUGUUUACUUACGGGAGAAAUUUAAAAGAAAUCUAGAUGCGGGUAGUUGCUAAUAUAUAUGCGGGGAAACCCCACACAAGGCGUCGACCAAUGAGAGCGCUCCCUACGGCUGGAAAGCCCCGCUGCCCCUCGUACAAUUAAGAAAGCGCAAUAAUGAGUGAUUCAUAUGUAUAAAGUAGUUUAGCAUAUUUUCUAUAAUUUUCGAUACGUAGAUAUACUGCCAGUGUCGAUGUAACUCUACUGAACGUGUAAUGUGUAGGAUGGUUAGCUCCGGUGUACGGGACUUCGUUCACUUCAAGUCUAUAUGAGCCAAACAUGUGAUGUAUAACUGAACAGAGCUGGAUAGGUUAGGUUGCAUUGACGAUAACUUCAACGACUUUGAAAAUAAAAAUAGACAAUUAUUUCAUUUUUUAAAUCAUCAGAGAAUAAGAUUUUGUUUGAGACAUCUGUAUUCCACUAUGAUAUGGCAAUAGGCUGCCGGUGGACAUCCACCACAGUUCUUAUGGAGGGACUUAACUCCGUGGUUCUGAGCCGCUUGCAUACAAUGACUUGUUACUGUAGGCUCUGAUUUAUUUUACAUAACCCUUCAAAAACCAAUGUCACAUUACGCCCCGGUACAACGCCGCGUAAAAACUGAUUUCCAAAUGAAAUGAAAUCACAGACUUGUUGACGGUUUAACGAGCUGUCAAACUCCUUCCAGGUUAGGUUAGAGCUUGGUAACUGAAUCAGUUCAAUUGUAGCCAAACACCUCGAUAAAAAAUGAUUUAAUAAUGAUAAACAGAAGAGUAUGUCCCUUAAUAUGUUUAUACCGUAAAAAUCCAAUCUAUCUCUGUUUAGUUAUAACGUCACUGAUUUGAGGCAGAAACUUUUAGCGUAGCGUAAUGUACGAGUAACUUUAGUUCGCGUGAUCAGCUCCUCAAAGUACGAGUAGGUGAUGUAACGUCCGUUGCCAAUAACCAAAUAGUAUUGAACAAUAUUCCUCCUUUUUUAUCUCUCAUAGUGGAUAAGUGAAUGUACUUGCGCACAAUCUGUAUGUGAGGAGUAACCUUUUUUUUGGUCGUUCAAAGUGCAGCCUUCGCCGCAAAUAUUUUUGGUAACGUUUUACUCGUGUAGGGCAAUCGUUUCAAUCGUAGAUGUGACCUCGCACCAAGAAACAAGAUGUCACAAAUCGUGUUAUUCUUAAUUCACCAAUAGUGGCAACUCAAGCGAACAAAUCAUAGGUUCUUAAUUCCGCCACAUUGACAAAUAAGCUGUUACAUAUUAUAUUUCAUUCGAUCAUUCUUUUGGCAACUCAACCGAAACUAGUCACAAAACUAUUCCUAAUUCAGCCAUAAUGGCAACAAACACACCGUUUGGUUAUUAAUUCAACCUUAUUGGCAUUUCAACCGAAAUAAACAACUCUAGGGAAAUAAGUUGUAAUACACCAUACAGUUAUUAUUUCAUUAUUUUCGCAACUUAACCGAAACAAGAUGUUACAAAUGAUACGGUCCUUGAUUCAGCAAUAUUGACAACUCAAACGCAAUAAGAUGUAACAUAUCGUACGGUUUUUAAUUCAAUCACAUGAUGAAUGAGAAAUAAUAUGUAAUAUAGCCGAUGACAUGUCUACGAUUGAAAUGUAUUUGUGUAGGGCGGAGUCGCCGACGCUGACGUCACAGCCUGUCUGUCUCGCUGUAGAUACUAUAAUGAUGGCAUUUAAAUUAGUGCUCAUAGGUUUAUUUCCAUUUGUAGCACAAACGCGUUUUUCUCAAUUUUUCGGUAGUUUUAUUUUAUUAUGAAAAAAAAAUGUUAAGUAAAUUUAAAAAAAAAAAUUGGUAGCGUAGCUCACACACUUGGUUUGUUUCGAGAACCGCACUUUUGUAUUCGUUACAGACGGACUGCGGGUUAUGGUGUAUUUACUCUUAAUACCUACGUUUAAAUAUAUACUGAAAAAAAAAAUCUAUAUUUUUAACAAAUUUAAUUUUAAAAAUAUACCUAAUUAAAUGAAAAUUCCUAAAGAUUAAAAAUGAAAUUUUUAAUAUUUACGUGUAUAGUAGUGUACUGCGAGGUGAUUAUAAAAACAACAAAUUAAAGCUUAUAAUUUUAUUGUUUCCAGAGAAUCGCAAAGAUAAAUAUAUUAUUUACUUGUCCAAGAAAUUAAUCUAUAACUGAUGUGUACACAGAAAUCAGUAUGUUUCAGGCAUUUUGAAUCCGACUUAAUGUAUGUAAAAAUAAAUGUUGUUUUAAAA